CGCCCCCGCCUCACAGGCACACACAGACACGCUCGGGUGGGAGAGGAGCGCCAGCUCAGCCCGGUGGCCCGGGAUGAGGUGCUAGAAGUUAGCCGGGGAGCGAGGGCCCGGGCCAGCCCACAGGAACACCGACCAUGGUCUCUCUGGGGCUGCAGCUGGUGGGCUAUGCCAUGGGGCUGGUCGGGCUGCUGGGCACCGUGAUAGCCAUGCUACUGCCCAACUGGAGGACCAGUUCCUACAUCGGGGCCAGCAUCGUGACGGCAGUGGGCUACUCCAAGGGACUGUGGAUGGAGUGUGCCACCCACAGCACGGGCAUCACCCAGUGCGAUAUCUACAGCACCCUGCUGGGCCUGCCUGCCGACGUCCAGGCGGCCCAGGCCCUGAUGGUCACCUCCAGUGCCAUCUCCUCCCUGGCCUGCCUCGUCUCCGUGGUGGGCUUGCGAUGCACCGUCUUCUCCCAGGAUUCCCCGGCCAAGGACUGGGUGGCCGUGGCUGGGGGGGUGCUCUUCUUCCUCGGUGGGCUCCUGGGUUUCGUCCCCGUCACCUGGAACCUCCACAGCAUCCUCAGGGACUUCUACUCACCGCUGGUGCCCGACAGCCUGAAGUAUGAGAUUGGAGAGGCACUGUACCUGGGCAUCAUCGCCUCGCUGCUCUCUAUCGGGGGCGGUGUCAUCCUCUGCUGCUCCUGUCCAUCCCUGGGGGGCCACACCGUCGCCUACCACCGAGCAGGCCAGGCCCAGUCGGCGCGUACUCGGAGCUCACUGCGCCCCGGCCAGGACCCGAAGCCCAAAGGUGAAUUCAAUUCCUACAGUCUCACGGGCUACGUCUGAGGAAGGGCGGCCUCAACUGGGGAGAGGGCAGGGUCCUGGGCUCCAUCCAGGAUGCUGCCUCCUUUACCCCCCAGCCCCGCAGCAGACAGACAUUGUUGCUGGAGAUGGGGAAGGUGUGUCAGGACACCGGCCAUCGGGUCUCCAGCAACACCUCAGGAAAGACUGACCGGCUGGACUUUCCUGGCUGGAUGCCCCCUUUGCCCAGCCAGGACGCUGUUAUUGUGUCAGCCUGCAGCCCACCAGGCCCUUGAGGAGGCAUCUCCCAUGCUGGAGUGGUCUUCUCUGGUCCAUUGUGGGGACAGACCAGGUAGCCCUGGGCUGAGACCACGGGGUUAGGAACUCUGGGACAGGGGCGGUGUCUGCCUGCUUCAGAAUGAAGUUCACAGCCUGACUCAACCCCCGUGGGCAGCCGGCCAGAGAGCAAGGACAGCGGGUGAAGACUUGAGCGGGGCAACUGGCCCCUGGCCACGGCUAGCCCGAGGGGCACUGGAACCAGACGCAUGGGCCAGGGAACCAGGGUGUAUAUGCAAGGAGCUGGAGUAGGGGCAUAUAGGGGGACACGAUUGAGGGGACCGGUCAGGGCUGGGGAGUGGGA